UUUGUGUAGCGACAGUUGUAAUGCUGAUUGUAGUGUGUUUUGUUGUGUUGUUAUGUAUGUCGUGCGCGAGAACGAGUGCAGAGCAGUAGCAGCUAAGCAGCAACUAAACGAGUCGUAAGCAGCAAGAAGAGUAGAGGCAGCCGUCGUUUCUCGUCCGGUUUCGUCGGGGUUUUGUGUAGUGGCAAUUAUCAACCAGGUGACAUUACAAGCUAUUGGCAGUAAAGUUACGGCUACCGUAUCACGGAACGGUGUUUCGUCGUUUUGUCAGAAUCCGUGUCAAAGCGAUUGCUGUUCGACGUGCGUGAUUUCAAAAUGUGGUGAUACCGGGAAACGUGAAUUCUCUGUUGGCUGAUAAUUUACGCUCGACGUCGCGCUGUUGGUUAUCUAUCAGAAAACAAUAAGCAUAAGUGAGUGGGUUUCCAGCGAAGCAAUAGUGCCAUAUUUUAAAUCCACCAUCAUCAUCGUGAUUAUUAUCAUCAACGCCAGUAAAGACCAAACGCUAACGGAUUAUCGAAACAGGUACAAGCUGAAGGAAAAAAUAAUAGAAAAAACGCUCCCAGCUUAAGCAGUGCAAAUCAACGCCAUGAAUGACAAGUUACACAGCAUUGGGAAAACCAGUUAUCUCCUCUAGCAGAUCACGCUCUCAGAGGUAUAACGCGGAUAGUGCUAAGUUAAAGUGAAAGAAACAACAACAACCACUAAAUAGUUGAAUAGAAAAAAAAACACAAUUUCGUGUUUGAGGAAAAGUGCAUUCAGUGUAAGCCAUUUUUGUAUGAAAGUCAAUCAAACCGUUACGAAUUACACGCUGAGUGAAUGAUCGAAACAGUGACCAGUAGUGAACGGCGGUCCAGCAUUCCAGGCGGAGAGAAAACCAUGUCACAUUUUCCUUUCCGAGGAUCGCCCACGACCCAGAGUACCACACCAUCAGCGCCAUCUGCCCCGUCUUCUCCACCCGCAGCACCAGUGGCCAUGGCCGUUACUACGACAGUUCCUCCAGGAGCCCGCAGUACAUCACCAUGUUCUGCUACCUCAGGCCCUCCAACUUCCGGUAGCGGGCGAUGUUGUGAUACUGGGCGACCAAUCUUCACAGAUCCCAUCUCGGGUCAAACGGUGUGUUCGUGUCAGUACGAUCUGAUUAACUACCAAAGGUUAGCUAGUGCGGGAAUAGCAGGACCCGGCGGAGUACCACUGUCAAUGUAUAGUGCGCCCUACAGUCCAGAAACUAUGGCUGCGUACUUUCCAGCGAUAGGAGCCGACCAGGCGCCGUUCUACACAAAUCCAGCCGCUGCCGGCAUCGAUUUGAAAGAGAACCUCGCCGCAGGCGGUGCACCGUGGCCUUACCCCUCCGUUUAUCAUCCGUACGAUGCAGCGUUCGGCUACCCCUUUAACUCCUUUGGAAUGGACCUGAAUGGAGCGCGAAGGAAAAACGCCACCCGCGAGACCACGAGCACGCUUAAAGCGUGGCUAAAUGAGCACAAAAAGAACCCAUAUCCGACCAAAGGCGAAAAGAUUAUGCUAGCGAUAAUCACGAAAAUGACGCUCACGCAAGUAUCCACGUGGUUUGCAAACGCCCGCCGUCGGCUGAAGAAGGAAAACAAGAUGACCUGGGAGCCACGCAACCGAGUGGAGGACGACGAUGUCAACCUGGAUGAUGACGAUGACGAUAACAAGAGCUUGAAGGACGACAAGGAGAUAUUAGAUUCCAAAGACUCCGGCACGGGAUCGAGUGAAGAUGGCGAUAGACCGUCACGGCUAGAUAUGCUUGAUCGACCAGGUCACAGUGAUUGGAACGGAUCACGAAACGGCAGUGGACCGAAUUCCCCCGAUAUCUAUGACCGUCACAUGCCAGGUCAUCCCCUCCUGCAACCCUCGCACUUUCCUCCUCACCUAAGGCCGACAUUGGGUGCGCCUCCAGAUAUUAAUCAUACCCCAAGUGGCAGUACUAACCCCAACAAGCCACGGAUAUGGUCCCUAGCAGAUAUGGCCAGUAAAGAAAACAAAGACUCUGAGCCAUCCUCACCGACGGCAGGCUACCCAUCGCCGGGAAAAAUCAUUGCACCUCUCGCUGGCCGUGGAUUGAAUCCCCUGCACCAUCAUCCUUACAUGAGGCCUGAAUUCUACCGAAAUCUUUACGGGCAACAUCUGGCACCUGGAUCGCCAGAAGUUUCCCUACUUGAAUCAUACCAGAGGACAUUUGGUGCCACAUUGGCCCACAAUGGCAUCCCCGUCGGCAUCAACCCGCUAAUAUCGAAAGCAUCCGGAAGUGGGUCGCCUUUCGCACCACUCAGUCUCACCACCACCAGCCAUCCAAAUACCGCGCCCCAUCCUGGCGUGUCACCUGCCUCUAGCACCUCAUCUGGUCCCGAAAACCUAACCCCUUCAUCGCCACCAGUAGCUGUUCCCGAAAAGCUAGUGACAUCUAAACCAUGACAAUUGGAAAUCAAGUAAGGCAUCUCAUCAUCGGAUGGUAACUCUAAGAAACAUACAAUCAGACAAUAAUGACGAAUGUGAUUAUAAGUUUUCUUCUUUCAAAAGUGACACUAAACUUUAAUUUUUCAUAAAGCAGACCAACAAUUAGUGACAUAUUGAAAUUUACCAAAAUACCGACUGAGUUGAAAUCACACAUAGCGAUACAUCCAUCAGCGAUGUUCCACCAAUUCGCCAAUACACAAGAAACAUCCCCAACCUGCUCUUUUCUUACGCGAAACGCAAUCUGCGCAAAAUCCCCACAGCCGUCGGCAAAAGUGCAAAAACCCGCCGUGUGAGAAAGAGACAACUAAAUUGAACAGUUCCACCACCACGAAACAAUAAAAAAAAAUCAAGCGGAAAUAUCAACCCCAUGGGAAGGAAGAACGUUUUCUUGCGCGUUUGAUAAGUUUGGGUAUUUGUAUAUAAAACGGCGGAAUAUACUAAAGUGCAACGAAUUAGUCAUAAACAGAAAGAGAGAGACAGAGAAGGCAAAAAAGAGCACAAACGAAAGGAGGAUCGUGGUAAAGAUAAAACAUCUUCUUAGGAAAAACGGGUUUUAUUGUUUUUUUUUCAGUCCUCAGGCGCUCGCAAAAAAAAAGUAAGAAACAAAGCAAUGAUCAAAUGGGCUCAACGUUUUUGGAAAAUUCUAUCGCCCGAAUUAAAGUUUAUUACGCCCAUAAAAACACCCUGGGCGUAGUGAAUUUCAAUGCUUUCCUUCGUAUUCUCAAGAAACGGUUUUCUUUUGUACAUUGUAUAAAAAUACAAGUGUUUGUAAAAAUAAAUGCUAAAACUAAAUGGAAACAUUUAAGCAAAGUGUUGUACAUAGAUAAUGAUAUAGAUAACAGAAAAUAGUGUAUGUGAUAUUAAAAUGUAUUAAAUAUUAACUGAUAAGAGGGUAAUAAGUAGUGCGACGAGUGGAUGUUUUUAUAUUGCUUUUAUCGUUCUUUUAUUGAACGUAAAUUUUUGAGAGGCCGUUCCUUCUUUUCUUAGUCAAUCUUGUUUCUAAUUUACCUCUAAAGAUUCUUCAUCUUCCACUAGUUAGUCGUUGCGUUUAGUUUUUACUCUCUAUUUCCAUUGGUGUAAAAUAAAGACAUAUCAUGGAAAACUCACUAGAAGCCAUUUCACUAGUUCAAAGAGAAAAGAAAAGGAAAGAAAAAAAAAUACCACGAACGUUUCUCGCCUCACGAAUCUAGAACAAAAAACCAAAAAUGGUAAACAAAACAAAGUCGGUAAUUUGUAUAAUUCAACAAUCAUUCAAACUGUAGGCCACUUGUUCAAAGUUAGCAAUAGACAAGAAGACAUUGGUCCGAACGUCAGAAACGACGAUGGGGUAGAAAAAAAGUGUGUUGUACUACGGCAAGCCAACCUCUGUAAAAGUGUAUAAAAUUUACAUUAGUUAAUUAUUUAAUCAUCCUAUUUAUUUUUAUUGAGAAAUUUACCUAUUAAGUUGAAUGUUCAAGUGCAGGAAAUUACUACACAAAUGUGUAAAUCAUUUAAGUGAAUUUGACUUACUAAAACUAUGUGAAAAUCGUAUAUAUAUAUAUGGAGAAACAACUUUAUAUAUUAUUGAGGUAAUAAAAUUGAAGUAAUUGUACUGUAAAUUAUCAUACUGAAGAAGAAAAACCACAAACAACAAACCAUCGUAAUGUUACUAGUUGCAAUAAAGAAAACGACGUAUGGAAAAU